AAAUGCUUGGGCUCUCUUCCUUGGCGACGCAUCACUGAGAAAGAGAGGUAAAAACAGGGUCGCUGAGGAACAAGAUCGGAACGACACGAUGAUUCCUUCCUCCACUGCUUGGGCAUGGACGUCUUUGGCAGGAGCUGCUGGAGUUUUCUGGCUUGCGGCGAUUGUCUACUGGAGGUCAUGGCGAUUCCGAAAGCUCCAGAGGCUUCCACCUGGGAGUAUGGGAUGGCCGCUCAUUGGCGAGCUGGUGCCAUACGUGACAAUUGCUCGCUCCGAGACUCCAUUUCGCUUCACAAGAGAACGAGAGAGCAAGUAUGGACCAGUGUUCAAGACGAGCUUGGUGACGGGCAAGACUAUCAUGAUCACUGAUGUGGAGGGUGUCAAGUUUGUUCUCCACAACGAGGGUGUUCUCUUCGAGACGGGCUAUCCCCAAUCGCUCAAGGAUGUCCUGGGCGAGCGCGCGAUGCUCUUCCAUCACGGUGACUUGCAAAAGAGAAUGCACGCCAUGCUAAAGAGGUUUGUGAGCUCCACGCCCCUCAAGAAGUAUCUCACGCGAGAGAUGGAACUCCUCACUAAGCAAGGCAUGAGUACGUGGAGCAGAGGCCAAAGGAUUCUUCUCCAGGACGAGAUCCAAAGGAUCACCCACGACUUUUUGAUGAAGCAAUUGUUUGGAUUGGAGCCUGGCAAGCUUUCCACAACCAUAUUGGAAGAGUUUAACACCCUCAUGGCGGGGAUCAUUGGUGUUCCUAUGAUGAUUCCAGGGACUCCAUACUUCAAAGCAAUGAGGGCAAGGGAGAAGCUGUCCCAGAUUAUAAUGGAUAUGGUGGCUGCUCGAAGGGCCAGACCAGACAUAGAACACAAAGACAUCCUCAACGCAUUGAUCGAAGAAGUGAAAGAAGAAGAUGGUGAUGUGGAGAAGAUUAUAAUCGACAAUGUUUUGGUCAACAUUGCAAAUGCAGAGGGUAUUCCGGCAAUCGUCAUUGCUUUGGCUGUGAAAAACUUAUCAGAAACUCCCAAAGCACUCGAGCACAUCAGAGAAGAGAACCUUGCAAUCAAGAGGGGAAAAGAUUCGAAUGAAGGCCUUUCUUGGAAUGAAUACAUGUCUUUAGAGUUCACCCAAGCUGUUUUUAACGAGACACUUCGUCUUGCCAAUGGAGCUCAAGGAGUAAUGCGGAAAGCCCUCAAAGACGUGGAAUAUAGAGGUUACAUAAUCCCCAAGGGCUGGACAGUGCUUCCUUAUUUUCUCAACAUCCACUUCGAUGAAAAUAUGUUUCCAAAUCCAACUAAGUUCCACCCAUGGCGCUGGCUAGAGAAAAACAUUCCAUCAACUUACGUGCUUCCUUUUGGUGGUGGGUCGAGAUUGUGUCCGGGCCAAGAGCUUGCUAAAGUCCAGACUGCAGUGUUUCUUCACCAUUUGGUCACCCAGUUCAAAUGGGAUGCAGAGCCAGAAACAGUGAUCAACUUUCCGAAGAUCAGCACCAGAAACCACACCCCAGUUGUGCUGUACGAUCUACACUAAUUAGCCAGACCAAAUAAACGUAUGAGAAACAUUCCAAGAGAUCACAGUAAGAAGAUGUAACUCCUGGAUAUGGACAUGUAGCUCGCUUUACCCUAUUGGCGGCCAUGAUUUUGAGGUGCGCAUUGACGAAAAGAGGGUCCUCUACGUGAGGAAACUACCUGGUUUGGACAAAUUCCUCCGUAGCAUGACCCAGUUCACUAACUUGUUACGCGAAUUAAGUCAUUGACAAGAUUGAUCUGUGGGGCAAUUUAAUUGCACACAGGUUGUUUAUGGACUCAUGUACCAAGGUUUUGGACCACCAACAACAAGGUGGUGAUCAAAGUGAAGAAGAUGAUUUUUA